AAGCGGCCCCUGUGCCUGUUGAGGGGGGUGGUGGGAGCGGGAACAGUGCUGCUCCGCUUGCGGUGCCGGAGGACUGCUGCUGCCGCUACGGCUCCCACCACCGUUACCACUGCCGCAGCCGCAGCCGCAGCCGCUCCCGACAUGUUCCAGGGGCUAGAGAACGAAGGCGGCAAGUCAAAUUCCAGGGGAAUGAAACCUCCUGGAGGAGAUUCAAGCAAUCUCUUUGGAACUCCAGAAGAAGUUAAUCCUUCAAAUAGGCCAAAUAGAAUGGCAUCUAAUAUUUUUGGAGCAUCCAAGGAGCCUCAGAAUACACCUAAAAGGUCAAAUCCUCCAGGAGGCAAAGAAAGUGGUAUCUUUGAAGAGCCUUCUCCUGUGCAGGCUCGGUAUCGUUUGAAUCCCCCUGGUGGGAAGGCCAGUGACAUCUUUGGGUCUCCAAUCACCAUUACUGCGCCCAUAGCACACCCAAACAAGCCCAAGGAUCAUAUUGUCUUAUAUGAAGGUGAGGACACAAAAUUGCAACUUGGAGGUGAGAAGAUAAUUUCUAUUCCCUCUCUGUUCUUUAAAAAGCUACAGAGAAUACACAAUCUUCAAGAGAAGAAACUGAUGAAAAAUGUGACCAAGGAAAGGAGGAACAAGUCAAGGAAACUGAAUCUAAAAUCAAGAUUGACAACCAUGAGCCCAGGCUGGGCCCCAGGCCUCGAUCACACAACAAAGUCCUCAACCCCCCAGGUGGAAAAUCCAGCAUCACUUUCUACUAAAGAAAACUAAUACCAGUAUCUUCAGACUAGAAAUUCUUCUCUUAGGGUGUCAAGGUUUAUAAUAGUCUAUUUAGUACAAGUUGGGGUGGGAGGGGAAGGGAGGGGCUGAUCAUUUAUGUGAAGAUUUUCAUGUAGCUCAUUGCUCGCACUUGUCUUCUAGAAACAGCUAGGGCUAUAUAGGACCAGGGACACUGAACUUUUCAGGGAACUAAGAAAAUAAGGGAGCAAUAAGAAAUUCCCCAGGUUCACAUCUAAGAAUUAAUUCAAAAAUGAGAGAAUCUUUGAUAGAGUAAAAGAAGAUGGGGAGGUUCGAAUCUUCAUAAAUACUAGGAACAUAAAUGUUUUUGGUGGUACAUCUAGGGAUGGUCCUGCAGCAAUAGCCAUUGAUGGUGUCACUAAGAGACUAGAAAACCCAUGUAAAUGAUGUGUUAGACAACUUCAAGGAAUGUUCCCCCUCCCUUGUCUGGUAAAGGGAUACAACUUGUGUUUCAAAUGGGUAAUGGGUGAUUUGACUCACAGACUACUUAAACUAGAGAAUGAUGAUCCAGAGCCUUUAACUUUUAUUGGGAACACUACUAAUUUCUGAGAAAACGGGUGUUGAAUCUAUUUGUGUCCUUUUUUAAGUUUGCCUCCAUGAUGCAUAGUUCUACAGACAUCUUAUGAGUCUUUUUGUCCUCUUUCCCACAAAAACCAGGGAAAGAAUCACUAAGCUAUACCUUGACAGGGAUAUUGGGCUUGUUUGACCUCUGCAAGUGCUUAUCAGUCAAGCCAAUUUUCUCCUUUUCCCUUGUUUGUAGACCUUUUCUUAAUGGCAGAUUUUUGCACCCAGAUCUUGCAGGUGCAACUAUAACUUCUGUAAUCUAGAAGCCUUUGGUCUAAUCUUAGAUAAAAAUACCUGCCUUAUGCAAGAGAAUAAGUUGGAUCUCUUAUUACUGAUUUUUAAAGUGAAUAAUUUAUCCCUGCUGUUCUCAUAAGCCUUAAAGCUUUUGACUGCCUCUGCAGUUCACCAAUGAUGUGAACUCUAUUACUUUCAUAAACCACAAUUCUUUUGUAAGUGGGGGGGCCUUCCAGUCUUUUUUAAAGGCCUCAUUAACCUAUCUAAUUUUUUCUUUACAUUUUGGUUAUUCAUAUUUUUCUAAGACAUUUUUUUACUAUGAUCAGUUGAUGGGGGAGGAGAGAAAAUCACUGAGAACCUUUAGUUUUUCAAAAUAAACAUUUUGGACAAAUAUUUAAAGAGCCAUUUUUAAUCCUGUUCAAAUAGCCUCACAAACUGCUAAUAAUUUGAACCACUUAUGACAUCUUUUUAAAAAAGUAAAUUACAUAGCUAUACUAAAGACUAAACAGUUAAAAAUCCCUUGUAUUUUAGUGAUUACUCAUUUGAAAGAAUUUCUGCAGUCUCCUGUUCAACGAAACUGGAAGCAUUAGAUCUGGAUAUUAACUACAUUGAUAGCAUUGAAAUCAAGUGUAUAAAAUGAAUUUUUCAAGUGGAAAUAAUGGGCUGCCAUUUUCUUAGAACUAUUGUAAUUACAUUUAAUUAUAGAAUCAUAUCCCUUUGAUCCAUUUAGGAAAAUGCUCCUCAGUCAGACUAAAUAACACAAUGUUUUACAAUUCCUUUACUUCUUACAUUUUGGAACAUUUGUUAUUACCAUGUAAGUAGAGCAGGUGAGGUUUUAUGAUGGUGUGUUUCAUGAUGUAUAUGAAUACCUGUAAGAAGAGCAUCAAAUGUUGGAAAUAUUAUUCUACUUAGAAUAUUUAGCAAACUGACAUCUUUUAUGAUUAUGCACUCAUUGCCCUCAAUAUUUAGGUGGCUGUAGGAAAUUGCUGCAAAACAGUUUUUACUUGGCAAAUUGCAGGGAACUAGCAUAUGAAAUUAAUUAGCCAAAGAUUUUUACCUCUUUAAGAUUCCCUGAUGAUUUUGGAGAUUGCUUUAUAGCCAAGAUAAUCUUGCUGUUUCCUAUAAGCUUAUAAAGUACAGACAAUAUCCAAUUUAACCAAAUGGGUUUGUGUUCUAAGAGACUGGAAGUCUUGUUUAAAACCAGGAAGUCAUUUUUAGUAGAAAUAAUGUUGUAAAUGGUGAUUAAAUUCUUAACCUAAAUCACAGAAAUCUACUUAAUCCAGAAUAGAGCUGAAUUGUGGAACCUAAUCACCAUUUAUAAAAAUGUGUCUAUGGAAAAAAAAAAUUUGGAUGCUAGUUUAGGGUGGCAAAAACAUAAUCUUUCUCAGCCAUAUCCCUAGCAAUAGUGAUUCUCCUUUCCCAUCUGAAUUCCAAAAUUCUAAGCCUCUAAUGAUGAUUUCCAGAGCAAGAAAUCCAGCAGAAUGAGGUGGUAAAUGAUAGGGAUGGAGUUUCCAUUAAGAGAAAAUUAGUAGUAGUCAGAAGUGUUGUUCUAAAUACCCGCAGUAGAAUAAUAUUUUCCCUUCCCUCCUAACUUCCUUGUCUCUUGCUGUAUCUUCUUGCUGUAAAACCUGGAACUGGUGUAGAGGAGCUCUGGAAGGGAGAGGAAUGAAAAGUAGCUCACAAGAAUGAAAUUGGUUAGCAAGACAGUGUUCCUGCAUCUGUACUCAUUUGUAUGUAAAGUGGAGGUAUACAUGUCUGGCUGACUGUAUAUGUUUGUUGGGACUGCUUGUAUUUGGAAGAUCCAAAGACUCUUGGCAUCCUACUCAGUCACUUCUAAAAUGCAUUAAGAAAUUGAUCUUGUAUUUUUUUAUUAUGCCUUAAAACUUGUUUUUUAAAUGCAGUUGGUGCCAACAUUUUUUCUAAAACUAUGUCAAGAAACUUUGCGCUUAUAUUUCACAGUGUAAUUUUGAUGGGACAUUUUCUUACUUUUGCAGGGCAGAAAUGAGAAUAACAGUUGCAUUAAAUCUGGCGAUCAUGUAGCCAAAAUUG